AUGGCUACAAACUUAUGCGCUUUGAACCUGGCAGAUAAUGUUCUCGAGCGCGUAUCGCCCUACCUUCGCCGAAAUCAACCGCUAGACAUUCUGGACCUUUGGCCUGGAGGUGGUCUCAUGUCAUCUAAAGUGAAUGAACUUCUUCGACCACGCCGCCAUGUCCUUGUUGAACCAAAUCCUUAUUUUUACAAGUUCCUUCAACCGCUCGCCCAGAGCAACCCGUGUUAUAAGCUCGUCCAUGAACCCAUAUAUGGGAAAUUUGAUUGGUCUGGUUUCUUCGCAGCUCAUCUUCCAGAACAAGGCCCUGGGAACCGAGAGAGCUCAGCCAUUAUACCAAAGAAUGAUACACUCCUCAUCCUGGCUAAUCUGCCUGAUGCUAAAUCUACAAUGGAUCAUUUCACACCAAGCCGCUGGUUCCUCAACUACAUGAAUAGCUGCUUAAAACAAAAUGAUGUGAACUUGUACGGGGCCGUACGAGUCCUUGCCACAAUGCCGUUCAGCGAAGUCUCGGAUAUGUUACCGCGGUCCACUACGGAGCGCACACGAACUGGCGUAUUCGCGGAGACCAUAGGCUUGCACAACAUGGAGAUUGCCAGUCCAGCCGAAGAAGAACGCUCUCGUCAAUGGCAGGGCUGGGAUGACUUGAACAAGAUCAGGGAGCGUGUAGCUGAAAGAGCUGCGGCAAAUAACAUUAUCACUCCAGCCACCAGAGAGCUUCCUCCUUUGGAACUGGUGCCACAGGUUACCCGCGGCACGAGACUUGAGCAACCAUAUCAGCCUCGAGUGUCGACUCAUAUGCACAAGAAACUCUUGGUGGACAUCGCAGAAGCAGAUAAGUUGGGUAUUGAUUCGUGCUACGACACCACAGACCCCAAAGCCAAAGCAAUAAUUCGAAAGCGAUCAUUAGCAUACACAAAGCUUGCCAGGGACAACUUAGCGAAUCACUUCCGCCAAAAGCUUGCCGACAUAACAAUUGAGCUUGACGAAGUAGGCCGGACAUUUGCACGUGCGGCUGCGGAUCCUAAGGAGAGCGUUGAGAGUCUGAAGGCUCUGGAAGAUCGUAUGGUGUCUCUCAAAUCGAGUUAUACCACUUUACACUCAAGCAUUCACUUCACGCUGUUAGAGAGGAAACAUCAACAUACAAUCGAUGAUACCCGCUUGGCUAGACUCUCCAGCCAUCUCGUCGAUGCCGGCCUGGUACACCACCGACGACCAUUUGAACCCCUAUACAUCCAUUUCGAUGAGACGUAUCCUCGCGAGGACGGGCGCGGAACCAUAUAUUUCGAACCGGACUCCAACCCGCCCGUUCUGAAGAAGGUCUUUGACCUACCGAGCACCAUGGUACAACUAGUCCUCGACCGGUAUUUCGCAGUGCUAGGCAUUGUGGGAUUCCGAGGCACGAUGUCGGUCACCGAAUUCUUGGGAAUAAUUUUCCCGUCCGAGACUGUAAAUAGUCAUGUGCGAGAUAUUCCAAGCCUUGCCACCUUUGCCGAAAGACGACUCAAGCCUGGGUGUGGGCCAAUGCCGUUGCCGGAUGGUUCGACGUCGGACCCAGCUUUCACCUACCAGGAUAACGUGGACUAUGAUUUAAGUGGUGUUCGACUCCGCACUCUUUCUGCGGCAACCUUGUUGGAUAUUGCGAUCAAGUACGAGAAUCUUCCGGAGAAGCUCUCUGUGGUCUCCUUCAGCCGAGCUCUAGGCGGGUCAAUGACUCAGGCCCAGAUAGGGGAGGACUUAAGUAACUUGAAGAUCAGAUAG